CUGAAAGUUAAAGGGCGUUUUAUUUAUUUAUUUAUUUAUAUAAAACAGAAAAAUAAACAAGAGUAUGUAUUUUAUUUUGGCCUUUCUGGUAUACUCGCGGACCCACUCGCGGUGGGGGUCUUCUUCGAGAAUCGCUGCAGGCCGAAAGAAGCCCCGAGUGUCGUCGUCUUUGUCGCCCCGACGUCCUUUCCAACUGCCUCCGGCGAUUUGAUUUCCAACAGGACGGUUAGUUAGUUUAGUUCCUAUUGCGCUGGCUCGCUUUUAAUACAGCGAAACAAGAAGUCUUCAUUGAAUCAUUCAUUAAUUUUAUUAUCAUCAACGCGCAAUGAGGGAAAUCGUGCACUUGCAAGCUGGUCAAUGCGGAAACCAAGUUGGUGCAAAGUUUUGGGAAGUAAUAUCUGCAGAACACGGAAUCGAUCCUUCAGGAACUUAUAUAGGAGACAGUGAUCUACAAUUAGAAAGGAUCAACGUUUAUUACAAUGAAGCUUCAGUCGCUUCAUCGAGCAAUGGAGGAAAAUACGUACCUAGAGCGAUUCUGCUCGACUUGGAACCCGGUACCAUGGACGCGGUACGAUCCGGCGUAUACGGAAAACUCUUCAGACCCGACAAUUUCGUUUUCGGCCAAUCAGGAGCCGGGAACAAUUGGGCCAAAGGUCAUUACACGGAAGGCGCUGAACUGGUGGACGCCGUACUAGACGUUGUAAGGAAAGAAGCCGAAAAUUGUGAUUGUUUACAAGGGUUCCAAUUGACACAUUCACUUGGCGGCGGUACUGGGUCAGGAAUGGGAACUUUAUUGAUUUCUAAGAUCAGAGAGGAAUAUCCAGACAGAAUAAUGAACACUUACUCGGUAAUGCCAAGUCCUAAAGUAUCUGAUACAGUCGUUGAACCAUAUAAUGCCACCUUAUCUGUACAUCAACUUGUAGAAAAUACCGAUGAAACAUACUGUAUAGACAAUGAAGCCUUGUACGAUAUUUGCUUUAGAACUUUGAAGGUACCUAAUCCAAGUUACGGCGACUUGAACCAUCUGGUAUCACUGACCAUGUCCGGUGUAACUACAUGUCUUCGUUUCCCAGGACAAUUAAACGCAGACCUCAGGAAAUUGGCUGUUAACAUGGUACCUUUCCCACGUCUUCAUUUCUUCAUGCCAGGAUUCGCUCCUUUGACGUCUAGGGGCAACCAACAGUAUAGGGCUUUAACGGUACCAGAAUUGACGCAACAAAUGUUCGAUUCAAAGAAUAUGAUGGCCGCCUGUGAUCCAAGACAUGGAAGGUAUCUGACGGUUGCUGCAGUAUUUAGAGGCCGGAUGUCGAUGAAGGAGGUGGACGAGCAAAUGUUGGCAGUCCAAAAUAAGAACAGCAGCUACUUCGUGGAAUGGAUCCCGAAUAACGUCAAAACAGCCGUUUGUGAUAUCCCACCCGUGGGUUUGAAAAUGUCUUCGACGUUCAUAGGAAACACGACGGCCAUACAAGAGUUGUUCAAAAGAAUCUCCGAGCAAUUCGCAGCCAUGUUCAGGAGGAAAGCUUUCUUGCAUUGGUACACAGGUGAAGGCAUGGACGAAAUGGAAUUUACAGAAGCCGAAUCGAACAUGAACGACUUAGUUUCAGAGUACCAACAAUAUCAGGAAGCUACGGCUGAUGACGAAUAUGAAGCAGACGAAGAACCAGCUGCCGAUGAUUUUAACUGUUGACAUCGUUUGCAAGCGCCUCGUUAACUGACAAAUUUGAAAAGAAAAAAGAAUAAUAAUAGAUAGUACAGACUAAAAAUACGUUUUUCUGAAUAUAUUUUAAUAAUAUACGUUAAAAGAUAUUAUUUUGGGUUUAUUGUAUCGAUUUUUUUGAAAUAAUGUUUCUAUUUUAGGCAAUAUAAAUGUUUUACUAUUGAAAUCGAUUGUUCAUUGAUAAUUGCUUUUUUUUCAUGCUUUUUUUCAAAUAAAGGCUCAAAUUUAAAGACUUUCGACAUUAUCCUUGAUUAAAUUGCGUUUUCCUCAUUAGUUUUUUAAUAUUAUUAAUCCUUUUGUUAUUGACGAUUUCUAAUAAUAAAAACUACAUUAAGUAUAAGUUUAGCUGUCAACUUCUUCGACAACGUUGCCAGUUUUAAUGAAACUUUAAUUAUUGAACCAGUAAUUGAAAUUUAUUCAGAAAAACGUUAUUUUGGCUACUUAUUUAUUAAAUACAAGUCAUAAAUACUAGUUUUAACCGCAUUAAAAACGAGUGAAGUUUAUUCUUUGUGACAUGCUCUCGAGUGUUUCGACUAGUCCUUUUCCCUAUGAUUUAUCGUUUAUUCCUUAAUAAAAAAAAAGAGUUUUAUUUUAGUGUUAGAUUUUAUGGAGUUUAGUUAAUAUACUUAAUCGUAGAUAAUAAUAAUUUUUUGUUGGAAACGCUUUUGCGGUCUUUUAGUAAGUUUCGGUGGUUCGUAUCGAAAUUUUCGAAUAGAUGGCGCUAGCGUUUCCGAGGCAUGUUACAAAUGAUUCACUUUUGCAUUUAGUUUUAUUACCUUACCUAUUUUAUUUGCAUUUUUUACAUUUUUAUUUAUUAAACUUUUUGUAGAAUAAAGACUGACUUUCUACAGUUGAA